UGCCGCCGAGGAGGGACCGCGGUUCGCGCGCGACCACUACUUGCUCUGCGGGAGCAGCCGCGAUGCGCUGCCUGGCCGUGGCUGCGGCCGUGGCGCUGCUGUGCUGCGCAUGCGCGGAUGCCGCCGCGGGUACGCGCGGUAGCGCCUGCAAAGGAUCGGGGCCGGCGCUCGAGGAGCUGCUGAGGCGUAACUACAGCGAGCACAGCGAGGGCAUGUGGAGUUGCGCCGACCGGGGUCCCCGCUACCGCGACGCCACGCUCGCCUUCCAGUUCAACUCUCCCGGCCUGGAACUCAUCCACUGCAUCGCCGCGGAGAGAGAGGUUUCGGAUUUUUCCAAAGGCGAAGUGUACUUCGUCAUGCGGAGCGGCUCCGCCGACUCGCCGUCGCGGUACAAGUGCAAGUUGUGCGACAGCAGAUGGUACACUCUGGACAGGGACCCGAUGUUGCAGCGGCCGCUGGUGCAGUGCAGAGGCUUCGCCGAGCUGGAGCUGGAUCUGGAAGGGCACCCCGCAGAGGCCGGGACGCGGCUGGACGGCGUCCGCUGCCACACGGCGUGGCGCAAGGGCUGCGACCGCGGCUACACGUGGUGCCACGGCAAGUGCUGCCGCCGCGAAGCGCUCUUCUACUAUCCCCAGCUACAGCAGCCGAUUGGCACUGGUAGUCUGCUGACUGCACAGAGUGCUGGGGCCCGUGAUGCACCACUGCUGCAGCUUCUGACAAAGGCAGCAAAGACAGCUGUCGCUGCCUGCUGACUGCUGACUGGUACUGCUGGGCGCCGGUAGGGUGCUGACCACGCUGAGUGCUGGACCCUGUGAGGCUCGCCUGCUGCACCUAAUGGCAGUGGCAGCACAGACAGCUGGUGAUGACUGCUGGGCAUCGGUAGGCUGCUGACCCAUAGGAGGCUCUGCUGCAGCACCUGCAGAUAACGGCAGCACAGGCUGCUGGCACUGGCUGCUGACUGCUGCUGCUGCUGAGUGCUGACAACAUAGAGAGCCAGCCCACAGAAGUCGCCACUGAUGAGCCCGCUAUUACUACAAAUAAAAUAUCACAAUUCCUUGUCUGUGAACUUGAAGUAGUUUGGCUGCAUGCAUGUAAAUGGAAUGAUUGGCGGUCGUAUCUGUAUCAACAUUCCAUCAAAAAUAAAAUUGACUGUAUAUUGUGUCCUGCACAGCUGUGGUUCAGUGUUGCAGUAUCAAUGAGGUAUAACGAAGUACCGAACUGUUUGUUACUGAAGUCAAUAAAAGACAGGAAAACCUA